GUCCCCCCGCGGCCUCCGUCUCUCCAGCUUGUUACAUUGUUGCAGAUACAGCUGUGUGGGAGAAGGAGGGAGGAGAGAAGAGCUGUCCGCCCAGCACACAGGCAGCAGCAGCCGGCCGGGGGAGCCCCGCAUCUGUGCAGCUUCUUUCCAUGGUUCUUUAACGUGAACUGAAACACUGGAAUCAAAGGAGGGUUGAAUCAAGAGACAAAUCAUGACCCAUAUUCCGAUCGAUAAAUCAAAUCUGCCACGGGUUAACGAAGUUUGCCGGGAUUUUGCCGUUCUUGAAGAUGGUGCACUGGCUCAUUGCCUGCAAGAACAAGAAAUUGAGCAGCACUAUGCCUCCAACGUCCGGAAGAAUAAGCUGGUGCAAAAGGACAUCCGAAUAGCUAAGAAGCUUCAGGAUGAAGAAGAUCAACAGAGCAAAGUCUUCAGCCUCGAACAACAGAAGCAAAUAGAGGAGUUAGAUUCUGAAUACGCCCGGGCUGUUCAGGAAGAGCUGCGGAGGAAGGCCCAGGAGUGCCUGCAGAGGGAAGAGGAAGACAAGGAGAUUGCUAAACGGUUACAGCAGCUGGAGGAGGAAGAGCUGCAGAGAAAUGUACAGGAGAGGACCCGGGGAGAACACAGCAGCCGGCAGCGGCAAUACCUGACGUCUUUGGACAAUGAGGAGGAGGAAGGCUAUCCCUUCCGAAAUGAUAGUUCUAAGCACCAUAAUGCCUCAGAUUACAGGCGAGGGCACAGAAGCUCUGAGAGGGACCAUAGCUCAAAAAACCCAGAAGAUCAUCCUGGAAGAAUGAUCCCCAACCGGGUCUCCUUUGGCCAAGUCUAUUAUGACAGUAACAACUCUAAAAAUUCCAAAACUCCAGACGUUUGGAAGGAGCCCAGCCGUAAAGAUCAGCAAGUGCAGUUUUCUUACAGGAAUCCUAAAAGUUCCUCAGAAAGAAGUCCGUGUCAUCCUAGUAGCUCAGAGGGAACUUCUAGCCAUGAGCGCGACAUGGUUCGAAAUGAGGAGAAAGUAAGAGGUCAUCGAGAUAAACAUUGCAGGCAUCACUCUGACCGAUGCAGACGCUCCAGCUCAGACAGUGAUGACUGCCCAGAACAUUGUGCUAGGGAUAAGAGGAGUCGACGCUCACAGUGGAACCAAAACCAUGAUCUUCGCCACCAUCGACCAUCUAACAAGCCUUCAUGUAGGAUAUCAAGUCACAUUCUGAGCACAGGUGAAGAAACCAGGCCAACCUAUGGUAUAGAACCACUUGACAGGAAGAUGGCAGAACUUCAUGUCCAAAGCCCUGACCAGCUCAUAAAGGAUGAAGAGUUAGCUCGCCGUCUUCAGGAAGAAGAGGAGAAACGAAUCGCCAAGCUGAAACGUCAUGACCAAAAUGAGGACUUCCGAGCAGCUCAGGUUGCACAAGAUGAAGAAAUAGCCAAGUACAUUCAGCAGCAGGAGCUGAGAGCUCAGAGGAGAUCUGAAGAGCUGGACCUGCCCGGAGACAGCGAUGAUGAUGGAAGUGUUUGUAGCUUUACUGACAGGAGGAGCAUAGGGAUAAAGAACGAUGUGCCUUCUUCUAACCAAGGACCGCUGGACUCUGAGGGCCUGGCAUCACCAACUGAGUGUCGCACACCUGAGAAAAUUGAAUUUUCAGCAUUGGAAGGAACUCUUGACCAGACUAAACUUUGUUCACCCAGGAACAUUGCCGAAGAACUUGAUCCCACAUUUAAGAAGGAGUCCCAGUCUGAAGUGUUUGCUGUUUGCCCACAAGAAUUUCCAGUAUCAACUCUCUCAACUCAGACCCAGCCUGUCCCUGUCGACGGAUUCUAUGACUUCAUGGAUGAUGGCACUGAACCAAUAUUUAUACCACCAACUAAGCGGCAGCCGGAGAAAUUGGGACGCAGUAAACCCAAAGACAAGAAGGAGGGAUGCAAGCAGCAGUGACCCGUGCUCACCAGUCGUAUUAUAAUUUGUAGCAGUCAUCUUCUUGCCAAACGUUUUGUGUUCAGUGUCAACUCAUCAUUGUGGACGAUCUUCAACGUGCGUCAACACAAGUGGUAUUAACUCAUUCAGGGAUGAAGACGAUAAUCUGAUUUUCUCGCAUUCAGGUGCCUUAGGCAUUUUUUUGACUCUAGAGAAUGGCUGUUUUAAUAAUAUAGAGCUGAACGUCCCGGUUCGGCAAUGGAAAAGCACAUUUUAGUAACCUAUUGUCCAGUCUAUUAGAACAAUAUUAGCUGUGUGCUGUUGAAUCUGCGUAUGACAAGCAUCGUGGCUUAUUCAUCUAACUCAUUGACUACGUGGAUUUUUUUUUUUUUAUUAUUAUUAUUCUUUUUGCCCGUUGAACUGAAAUGAAAAUAAUAUAAAUUCUGAAAUUGUAUUAAUCUACAGAGGUGACUUUCAACUCCUUACAACUACUAAUCUACGGUAAUUAAUUAUUAUUUGCAGUUAUUCCCAUAUCGAUAUCACUAGUUUGCUUGUUUUAUUAAUUUUUACUUUUUUUUUUUUUAAAUCUUUUUCUUUAGUUUUACUUACUGUACACACGUUAAGUGUUUAUCAAACUUUGUAUUGUGGCAAAAUGCAGUGUUUGAUAGAAGUCAAAUAUUUUUUUAAAGAUUUUUGCACUGAUGAUUUUUUUUGUUCUUUUUAAUUUCAAUAAUAAUUUCUGGUGCUUUUUGUGUAUAGAUCCCAAAUGCCUUUAGAAUUUUACUUUAAA